GUGCUCAGUGCACAGUACACGGCUUUCCUCGCAACUCGGCUUUCUGUUUUCUUCACUCUCUGUGGAGGAAGAAAAAGCCUCAGACUGAAGGCAGUUUUUUUUUUCCCAACAAGGCUUGACUUGUCGUCUUCUCCUCAAACUGUGUUUUUCAGUGUUUGGAGCUGGCUGAGGCAGGGCACCGGCAGAGAAGCAGCCCCACAGAGAGAGUGUGCAGUCUGUGUUAGUGCUUUACAGUGAGAGUGCUUUUUCAGAGGAGGAGGCAGAGCAAAGGAAGGGAGAGAGUUGCCUGUUGUCGUGGUCUCUCCCCUGAGUGGCUGAGGGGUGGCUCUUGGUGACAGGAAACGCAAGGCUUGCAAUGAGACCUGAGCGCUGAGUGGAGUAUGCUGCAGACGAUUUACGAGGGCGAGUCAAGUUUCUCCACAACAGAACAGCGCGUUGGACACCAGCAGCUCCCCAACCAGAGCAAGAUGCACAACGUGAACAACUCAGGUGAUUUCACAGCACGGCAUUUCUACUCUCCCUGAGGAAUCCUAGAUUUUAUCCUUCUUCUUCUUUUUAUUUUUUAUUUUUACCCUUUUUGCAUUCCAGCCUCUGUCGUUCCUCUAUUUUUAAAUCCGUCCCUACUUCUCCGCUAUCUUCUGUGCCUCUUUCGCACACGCUCACUCUGUCCCUCUCUCCCUCUCUCACAUACUCGUAACUCUUUGCGCUCAGCUGGUCUCUCAUUCUGUGUGAAAAGAGAACUCAAAGCAGCAGCGUUAUAGGAGCAGGCACUUCUUCCUGAAACAAGGUAUUUGCUUUUGCAGUGGUUUACGGUUGCUACCAUGAUUUGUCUUUACCAGUUGGCUUGCUUCUUUUAUUGGUCUUGAAGUAUAUCUUUUUUAUCAGUUUAAAGUGCUGUUUAUCCCUGUUAGUUUAACAUGCAUGGAGUGCUGUUUCUCUGCUAAAACAAGGAAAUGCGUUCACAUUAUUCCAAGGCUCUAGUCGCCUAAAAUGACUCACAGUAACAUGAAAGGGAUGUUGUGUUUUGCGAGCUUCCAUGUCAGCGUGCACUUUUCAGGGAACAGGAAAAACUGUGACAGAAAUACUGUGGGGACAACUGAGAGGAUGCUCUCAGGAUAUUUAUCACAGACAUUGACUGUUCUAUUUUUGACCUGAGAAUUGAAUUGAAAAGUACAUGGAUGACAUCAGUAUGAGUAACCUCUAUUCACUGUAUUGACUCAAGAUGAGUCACGCCUUAUUGGCUUUGAUUCUUGUUUUCAGAAUGUAGCUAUUGAUAACAUGUGAAAACUGCAAAUGGAAAAUAUCCGUAGAGUGAAAACUCUGUGGUGAGUGGAAAGAUUGACAUGUGGAUUGCGAAAAAGUAUCGGGAUUGAGAAAGUCAAGACUGAGACGUGAGCUCAAAACAUGUAAUGGCUAAUGAGUUAUUUUUGUUUAAUUUAUAGCUGGUCAACAGUGAGAGGAGAUUACAGGGUGUAAAGUAAUAAAACUUAAAAAUGAAAUCUGAGCUGUUUUAACAUUUUGGUAUAUUUGUUGUUAAAGAAAAUACCAGGACUUGCAUGUGAUAAUACAACAAAAUACAGCCUCAAGUUUGUCUUAAGGGAAGCGAAAGGGGAAACUGAAAACAUCCAGAGGCAGUGAGCUAAACGUGAGGACAUUUAAAAAUAAAACAGGAGGAUGGCAGGGGGAUGACACAUUCCAUCUCUGUUAAUAGGUUAUUCAGCUAUCAGGCUGCAGGAGCAGGGCUUUCUUCUACUGUCUCAUCGGCCUGUAAGUCAAACAACAGAUAUACUGAGUGCCUGAAUCCGAGCUCCUUGCUUAUUCUGUGGGUCAGCUAUUCUUAGGUGAGUUAUUUUCAGCUUAUGGCAUUAGCCUGCUAAGAUUAGGCGUCUGUGCGUUAUCAUUCCAUCUCAGCAUGCUCCUGAUAUAACUGUGGUUUGGUACAGAUAUUUAUAGAGAAUUCUGUCAUUUGCUUGUUUAAUUUGUUCUUUCCACUUUAUGUAGUCAAUCACAUAACAGCGUCUAACACUCCUGUCUAUUACUGCUACCGUGGGGGUGCAUUUGAGUAUGAGUUUACUGGAUGUAAAGUAACGUCAGAGAUGUCUGUCAGGCAGAUAUAUUUACUUUAAGACUUUCAGGAAGCUUUGUUUAUCCUGCUGUGUAAUGAUGUUAAAGUGCCCCGUAUGUAGGAUAAUUAGGCUCCUUUAAAACAGGCAUUUAAUUUUUCAAGUCUUCUGUUCUGCCAUUUUAUUUCAAGUGGGAAAUGGAAAAAAAAAAAAAAACAGUCCCAUUUUUAUUUUGAUUAGUAUCAGUCACAACAAACUCCAGACAAAAGAGGUCCUCCGGUGGGCUCUCCAACAAGGGAAAAAUAAUUAGUUUCUCAUGAGAGCUAAAUAUAAUGUGAAAUAAUACGCAGGCUCCCUUUCAUAAAAUAACAAUGCUGCACCUUUCAAGUCCUCUCCUCUGUAUCCUCAAUUGAUUCAGGCCGCUUCACUGUGUGUACUCAAAGUGCUAAUCUCUAAAGAGACAGUGCAAAAUAACACAAAUAAGGAUGAGUCUGUUUCAGUGAGGCUCAACAGUUGUGUAUUUGAAAAAAAAAAAGACUGCUUUAUUUUAGAGAAAAGCUUACCGAAAAUACUGUAAACUUCUGCAUAUUUUUUCUCUCUUUAUGUAAAAGCUGUAGUAAAAGUGAACAAAUUGGCUUGUGUUUGAUCUGUGAUACUAGAGUUGCUUUUUCUGUGGUCACUGAGGCUGAAGACAUAAAGGCAAUUGGCCCUUAGCAGUUUAUUUAUCAAGAGUUUCAUUGAUGAUGGAAUCUGGUGAUAAUAAUAAAAAAGGCAGUAGGCCUUAUUAAUUCUCCUUUUCUGUCCAGAUAGAGUUUUUGUCUAGGUCAAUUCAUUUGUUGUUGUAGGAUAACUCGGCAUGAUGGGAAGACAGGAGUCGACCGGGUUCCUGGCCCCUCUCAGUUUAAGCCUCAUGGUGUUUCAGCUCAGCUCUUUUUGUUAGCAGAUAGUCUGCAUGCAGCAGCUCUGGCUCAGCUACAAGGACGAGUCUGAGUCUUAAAAAUAAAGACCUGUUUCUUGCUUUAGACAUGGCAGCUGCUCAAAAUAACAAGGCACUUAAUGAGAGAUCCAGCACCACAUUGCAGUCCCAAGCAUCAGCUUAUUUUUGCCCUCAAACAUCUUCUGUAUCUCUGGUUCUAUUUAUACCGUCAGACAGGGAAUUUAGAUCAACAACCAUCCCCAGUGCACAGCAAGUGGAUGUAACAUACAACAUACUUAAAGUGCAGGAACAAAGUGUGCUUUUCCACAACUGGAAUUUUAAUUGAUAAUGUGGAAUAUGUAAAGAUUAUCAUCCGAGAUCAGAAUCAAAUUAUGUCAGAUAAUCUAAGCAGUAGUCCUUUAAAUACACUUAAACUACAAACCAAGAAAAAAAAGCAGCAACAGGUCUUCUUGUGUUGAUGGUGACUUCCACUUCAAGUAGUCGUGUUAGUUUGGGACAUCACUGGUAGCUUUUCAGACAAACUGGAGGCAUUGGGAAAUUUUUAAAAAGCUUCCAUUUUACCAAGUAUAGAUAACGUGACACAGUUUAUACAUUUAUGUCAAGGUGACUAAUUGCUGUAAAAGGUCAGAGAUUUACAGAUUUUAUUCUGAGUUUACAAAUAAAACUGAACCCAGGAUUAGAUGUUUUUUUUGAAAUGUACCUUUUACAAAACUAGAACAGUAUUUGCGUUGACAUUGGCGUGGAUCUAUAAGAAUUGUCAUGAUUUUCGAAUUGUUUCUUGAUUGAUAAAAAACAGCUUUACCAAAACGCCUGAAAAAACAUUCCUCUCAUUAGUUAUUAACUUUAACCAAGUGGCACUUGGGAGACUUCUUUUUUUUUUUUCUUCUUUUUUUGUGGUGUGUGUUGUUUCUCUUCUAUGAGCUAAUACCUGCUGCUGUGUUGCGCUCAACCAGCAGAUCAACAGGUCACUGGUUAGUGAACAUGAAUGUAAAGUUAAAAAAUAUCUGCUAGAAUCUGUUUGACUAAGGAAAUAAAUACGCUUGAAGUGUUUGUUUGAUCCAGUGAUAAAUAUUUGUUUUGUGCUAAAAUCCAAUGGGUCCCUUUUAUAGCAAGUGAGACUGUUAGGGCUGAUGGGUAAGUGUUGAUAUAUUAUAAAACUCCUAUCUACACUAAAACAAUGUGUUUGGUGUGUGAAAGCAGCAGUUGUUUUUUUCUUCUAUGAUAUAAUCUUAUCGUGAUCACCAGAAAAAGGUUGCAAACUUACUUGUUAAGGUGUGAAAACAGAUGCAGCAUUUAUUCAGUGGGAAAUGUUUACAAUGAUGAGAAGUUUCUCAGGAUAGUUGUUAAUUUAUGAGCUGUCUGGAUAAAUAAGAUUUUAUUAGAAUCUUCAAGUUGCUCUCUAAACGGGUAGUUUUAAGUUUAACUCAAGCUUUCACAGAGAGUCAUGUUGAUAGUAUUUUCCUCUCUGGAGAUGUAUGUAUUUCAGACUCCUCUCAUGUUGUAGUAGUGUCACUGCUGAUGUGUGUCUGCUCUCUCUCAGGGAUGGGAAGCCUGCUAAUGUGGCUUGAGGCAAAAAAAAAAAAAAAAGACAGCCAUCCAACAUCUCAAAUUAAGGCUGUGAUUGUCACUCCAACCGCCACCAAGGCUAAUGAGAGGCAGAUCGGUUAUAGAAAUAAACACUUUGGGGACACUGGCGGUGCGACGCAGCAGUGGGAGCAUGGUCACAGGCCAUGAGUCACCCUAUCCCCCAUUGGCAGGCCUUCCAUGGGGAGGAAUUUGGGCAUGGGGCAGGGUGCUUGUCACUCCCUUGUGCUAAAAACAAAUUUGGGACCUGUCAUUCAUAAAUCUCUUGUUUACCAGCGCCUGGAGACACUUCUGUGAACUUUCCACCAAUCAGGAGGCACCUCACGUUCACUCAGACAAAAGGGUUCGUAUUAUGGGUCAUAACGGUACUAUAGGACCAAUGAACCAGAACCUCAUUUUUCUGACAGCGAUCAUUUCAAGAGAUGCAAAAGUUACAUAAAUGCAACCCCGCGCUUUUAUUUUUGCCCGUGUUAAAUUGAGCACGCGGCCUCACAACUGUGACAGUCUUUGACACAUUGUCUAUAUUAAGACCCUGCUCAGAAAAGUAUUUAUAUUUAGCUUUGGUUACUGGUGGUUCCUUAUUCUCCUCUGCUUUAAGGUUAUUCUUGUAAAAUAGAAACAGAAGAAUUUAGUUUUGAGCAGUUUGAGAGUCAUUUGACAUAAACAAAUUAACUGUUUAAUCCAAUAUAUUCAGUGGUUGAGUGAAGUAUUUAAACAAGGGCAGAAAUCAGCACAGAGAUUAAUGUCAUCCAUGAGGAAUAUAGAAAGUAAGAGGCUUCAGAACAAACAAUGCCUUCCUGCCUUUAGGACAUUAUUAUCUUCCCUCAACAUUGUCAUCCCAUCCCCAGUUAUUCUUGCCGACACAGUGGACAAGAAAAGAACGGUCACAUGAGGCUGUUGUGGUUUCCUCAGAGGCCAUUUCAUACAGUGUUGGUUAUCAAAGUUGGCUUAAGCUUUCACACUCCUCCCUCUCCUCCCCCCCUUCCUAUCCGUUUAAAGCACUGUCUGAUAUUUUCUGAUGGAGGCUCAGCGUGAUGUGCAGAUCAAAGUGGAGAUCUUUAAUGCCAGUCACAGUGAGGGUACAGAAUGAAAUAUGAGAUUAAUUAGAUAUCUCAGUGGUGAAUUCUCCCAGGCAGCAGGUGUUUUUUUUCUUGCUAUAUUUAGGUCCAUUAGGCAAAAAGUAGCACUAAGACUGUCUGACUCUGUGAGCCCUUCAAUGGUUCACAGGUUCACGGCUGGCCUGGGAACAGCGCCUGCUACCUCGGAGUCCUUUGUCAAAGAGUUACAAGCGAAGAUUAAUAUUCCCUGUCAGGAGAGAAGGCUCUGUUCUACAGGUGCCUGUUCCCUGUGCCUGCCGAGCCGCUGCCCUCCUCUGUCAUUUGAUGGAGCUGUUUUUAGAUCACAGAGAGAGAAAAAUUACAGCACGGGAGUCCCCUCUUACUGUCUUCUCCCUUUGAACAUUUUUUAGGACGAGUUAUCUUCUAUCAGUUGAAAAUCCACAGUGUGUGUGUAUGUGUGAGUUUUUGUAUUGGAGGUUUUCUUUUUUUUCAUAAUGCUUUCUCUCUCUGCCUCUCUCUGCUGGGGACUCCUGCCUUAUAUAAGAGCUGUGAGGCUGAUAUAAUAGUCAACAUGUCACAUUGCCACUGUAGGCAGGAGACAACAUGCAGUGAGACUCGAUAUCUGCAGGAUGGGGAGACAUAAUUACGUCGCCAGCGUUGCCAUGGCAGCGGCAAGUUAGGGUGGUGGAUACUAGGGUGUGGGGGUUGUCACAGACCAGGAUUGCGCCACUUGCUUUUAUGUUUCUAUUUAUAAUCACCACCGCCGCAUACACAUGGAUGGUGGCAAUGAAAAACAGGCUUCAUGACAAAACAAAUGGGCGCCAGAGAGCUUCACAGCUUCAGCCAACGGGAGGGCACUGCUGCCUAAUUGAUGACUACUGUAUACUGACAGUGCAGGUUUAAGCUCCUUUUUAUUGGCAUUUUAUUGUAGUUUAAGAGGAUAAAUACAUGACAGGACCAACAGAAGACUGUUUAUGUUGGCAUAUAAAAGUAAUGUGUUAGCUCCCUCUUAUGCGUCUAGAGAGCAGGUGGUGUAGUAACACUGCUUGUGUUUGUUCCCUCAAAUGUGACCCUUGAGAAGAUUACAGCAAUGAAUGCACCCAAUAAAUCUCCCUCCAGCCACUGGAAUUUUAAGUAGCUUUGAAUAUUUCUCUGGUCUCAAAAUGGAAGAGACAUAAUACAGUCUGGGCGAUGUGUACCCUUCCUUGAAUGUCACAUUCUGAUCAGUGUUAAUAACAAAUCAUUUUUCCAAGAAUUUCAUUUAAUCACAGAUCAAAUAUAAGCCUUAAUACCUAAUUAAAUAUCUAAAAUUAGUUCUUUCCAAAAAAGAGAAAAAAGACUGACUGAAGCAAGGAUUGUACAAGAGACAGAAAUGUAACAAAGAUAAUGAAAAAUAUCUAGCAGUCACUAAUCAUCCUCUGUGGAAUAGAAAGAUGAAGUAGUGCUUUCUCCCAUGUUCUGAACUGGCAAUCGAUUUUCUCUGUGGAACAACCUAUAUAUAGAGCUGGGAGACCAAAGGGAUGCCCUCUCACUUUGUAUCUGACAAUUACUUAUAAUGGAGGGAGAAGUCAAAGACAGCUCUUACCGAUGCGUACAUCGCAGCAUCUGCACUCAGGAACAGAGAUGGAAAGAUCACAGAAACGUACUCUCGAAAAGCAUACAGGUUUGCAGACUCACACUCUAUUUUGCUUGAAACCUUUAGUAUAAAAAGAGAUACCUGCAUAAUUUCCUGGUAGGGACAAGUAGAGGAAAAUCUUUUAUAAACAUAUAAAGCAGUAGAAAGAUGGGAUUUUUAUGAAGACUUCAAAUGGCCACUUCAACAUUUCGUGCCAAAUGUCCAUUGGUUUGUUGGACAGCUCUCCCAGUAGACUCUGACUGACGGAUGUGAUCCUGUGUUUGUUUAUAGAAACUGUUAUAAUUGUAGGUUUCAGAGGAUCACAUGAGAAUACGCUGUUCUCCUCACUUUUCCUUUUUUUCUCUUCCCUCGUUCCUUUUUUUUAUAACCUUUUAAACUCUGUGCUUCACUUACAGAAUCUCAAUCUUUUACUUUCCUCAAACUCUGAACAACAUGUUUUGUUCUGCAGUAUAAUGCAGAUGUACCAUGACAAACAGUUACUGCUAGUUUCAUGGUUCAAGCUGUAGGGUUGUAAAUGAGGGACUGACAAAUAUCUCUUUUGCUCUUUCCUUCUCUUUUUAUCACAGUGGAAAUUAAGCCGGACGUGCCAUUGACUGUGGAGCCUGUGUCUCCAUUGGACCUGCGCACAGAUCUGAGGAUGCUAGGGCCAGGCUCGGACCCAGGGCUGUGGGAGAGGCAGCUGCAGCAGGAACUGCUCCUUAUUCAGAAGCAGCAGCAGAUCCAGAAGCAGCUACUAAUCAGCGAGUUCCAGAAGCAGCAUGAGAAGCUGACCCGUCAGCACCAGGCCCAGCUCCAGGAGCACCUCAAGGUCAUUAUUGCACUGAGCAUUUGUUUGGAGGACAGUGCAGCAGUGUACCCAGUGGCCCGACACAGCACCACAGUACAGCUUGGCGUAGUGCAGAUCAGUAGAAAACAUUGUUGUAUAACAGAGAGCAGAGAAGAAGAGACAACUCAGCAAAGCUAAGCAGAGUGUUGAGUAGUACAUUAUAGAACAGUAUGAGGUUCCUUGUUACAGAUGUGUGCAAAAUAAUCUGUAACAGCAAAAUAGACGCUGUGAAAGUUCACAUAAGCCACUGCUGCUUUAAGAUUCUGUUUAGCAAUGCGCUCUCUCCAUGUUGACUUCGGGCCUUUGUGUUUCUCAGCUCCAGCAGGAGCUUCAGGCCAUGAAACAGCAGCAGGAACUCGCGGAGAAGGAGCGCCGUUUGGAGCAGCAGCAGCAGCAGCAGAACCAGCAGGAGAAAGAGCAGGAGAGGCAUCGGCGAGAGCAGCAUGUUUCCAGCCUGAUCCUCCGGGGCAAGGAGCGCUCCCGUGAGAGUAAGAUUUCGACACCGCCAUCAUAGCUAUCUUCUCAGCAUCAAGAGCAGAAUUUGUGUACUAAGGGCCCUAGGCGAGAGCAAGCAUGGGUGCCACAAACUUUAACCCAUGCUCUGCAAUUAUUGAUUUUAUGCAUUACCAUAUACAGGGGUUCAAAAUGUCUAUAUUUUUUGUUAUAUCCAGUCAUGAGCCUGUUCUGUCACUACUUUUUUAUGACUGAAAUAACAGCCCUCUAGCUGUGUGUUAGGAUGGCAGAAGAAGCCCUUUUAAGAGCAACCUUGAUUGACAUUGAGGCACUACCUAACCUUAUUUUUUAAAAGGUUGUAUUGAAAUGCUGCAUUAGGAUCUCCUUGACUCCUAUGGGAACUCCUUUUUAGGCAGCUGUAACAUCAAUAGAUACUCACAAUUACAAUACAUUUAACAUCCACAACAUAUUUAAAACUUAGCUUAACAUCAAAAUCUAAACUUUGAGACCAACUCUCGUUACUUUAUGACUAGUAGCACUUUGAGUCAUAUGUUAGCCUGCUCUAUGGCUGUAAAAUUGAAAGUAAUGUGUCCCUCAUUGUUCAUUUGGUGUCAUGUGCUGGUCUACUGGGGACACAGUUUCUAAAUGUUAGAUAUCACUAGUGACACAUGACUCCAGAUGAGAAAUUACUCCAGCCACUAGAGCAAAGUAUCCAACAGUUUUCACUUACUAUGAUGACAAUGUAUUUUUCAUUUCAUGCAACUGCUGAGAGAAGAUUUGUCGGUGACAUUAAGCUCAGAAUUAAGAAAGAACUGUCUUAAAGUAGCGUGAUCAAAAUAGCUUCAGAUAUAGUGUUCCCUUUCUGUUUUUACCUUAUGGCUAAUAAUAGAAAAGAUUUAUGAGUCUGUCAAGUCUGGUAAUUUGAACUUUUGCUCUGCAACUGUGACCCUCCAAAGGGGAAGAACACCUCUCUGCAGUAUCUGUGAAGCAGCUUGAAACUAAUAUGGUUCUCUCAGACCACUAGGGGGAGAUGUGCCUGCAUGAGUUGUUGCUGCAAUGAAAGCUAGUGUUCUUAACCUGAGAGAUCUGAAAGAAGGUUGCAAAUUACAAAAGAGGUUACAAAAUGAUUUGUUAAAUUACACUUACCCCCUAGGGUAACCCCAAUCCCUUUGUUUCGGUCUUUUGGCCUCACAGGUGCGGUGGCUAGUACCGAGGUGAAGCAGAAACUCCAAGAGUUUCUGUUAAGCAAAUCAGCGAAGGACCCUGCCAGCAACGGAGCUAAUCAUUCUUUCCUCCAUCACCCCAAACUCUGGUACACGUGAGUAUUUCCUGUUUUUCUUCCUCCUGAGAGAGCAUGAUACUAUUAUAGAUGGUGUAUUUAUAUCUAGAAGAAAUUUAAUCUCAAUCCUCAUAUUACUCCUUCUUGUAUCUCAUUUAUUUUAACGUGAUCAGGUCCUCUCACCACACAUCACUGGACCAAAGCUCUCCACCUCUGGGCGGCACAUCCCCCACCUGCCACUACACUCUACCAUCACCCAUAGAGAGCAAGGACGACUUCCCCUUGAGAAAGACAGGUUUGCUAAUUUGCCCACACACACACACACACACACACACACACACACACACACACACACACACACACACACACACACACACACACACACACACACACACACACACACAGAGCACAGCCGUAAAAAUGCCCACACACACCCUGUUUAAAUUUCAUACAUAAACAAAGUACAUCCACAGCUCUAAUCUAAUGUUGCCUCAUAUUAUAAGUUUGUUUUUAAAAUUCUAUUAUGUUGGUUAUAAAUACAGAGAAUGUUUUUUUGACCCUUGUCAAUCAAGAGGUCAGUUACCCAUCAAGUAUUUCCUGAGGUUGCUGAUGACCUGCUAAUAACACCAGUUAGACUCAUUGUAACUCCACCCAUCCCUCCAGGGCUCGACACAAAACUUUUACAAGCAGGCCAGAAAAGUACCUCAAAGUUUCAUGACUCUUUUUUUUUUUAUUUUACUGAAACGCAGCAGCUGAACAGGCAACAACAUAGUUUUCAUAAAAUGGAUACUUUUAAUAAGGUUAUUUGAGCUGGAUUUGAAUUUCCUUAAUUCAAAAAUGUCAUAAGAAUAAGCCAAACUCCAAGGCCACUUUGAACUGUUUAGUGGUAAAUGGAAGAAUUAAAGCGGAUUAAUUUUCUCCUGAAUUAUUGGCUACAAAAACUGUUUUGAAAAGACACAGGUUCCCACCAAAAAGCAGCUCAGGUUUGUUGGUUUAAAGCUUGGGGAUCCCUUUGGGAAUAGCUGUGUAAAUAAGAAUAAUUUCUACCCACUGCUUUGCACAAGCACAAGUGCUCACUAGGCUUAAAACUUCAUAAUUCGGCAAUGAGGUCACCAAAUUACAUUAUCCUCCUUUCCCCUCCGUGUCUCUUUUAAUUACAUUCGAAAGCAAUUAUGCUCGUUGAGUCUUUAACUGCAGGCCUGUCAUUUUGCAUGUAUACACAAUUUACAGAUCAAGCAGAGGAAUGUUUUCUUGUAAAAUAAAGUUACUGUGUGACGAGGAUAAAUAUUGGAAAGGUAAAUGAAAGCUCUGUGAGCUUCUAUUUAUUGUCAUCUCUCUGAAUUGAACUGUCUGAGCAGAGCAGAGAAUAACCUCUUGUAUAGGUAUAUUUACAUCCUUGAGUCAUGCCUGUAGACUCAUUAGAUAAAGAGGUACCUCACAAGUGUAAUUUCCAGUUGUAAGCAGUCUUCUUAAACAACAGAGAGGCUAGAAUUGUUUGUCUUUUUCUGAAAAAACAAAAGGCAGCCUUAAAAAAACACUGCAAUGAAAAAAAAAAUCUGUCUGUGCUGCUCAAACAUUUUCAUUCAACAUGUAAUUCAGGGUGAAAUCAUCGUCCCAUCUCUGUGCCUGGUUGUCUAACAUAGAUGAAACUAUUCCUGAUCUUUGGAUUCCUGAAUCUAUAUGUGGUCAUUUCCUGCUCAGGUCUUCCUCCCCCACUUCCUGUCUGUCUUCAUUAAAGUCUUCUGAGAGCUUUGCGCUCAAAGGGGAACACACAAAGGUAGUGUUGUUCCCCAAGCCACUGGCUGUCACUGCUCGGUGAUUGGCAGGUGUCGCAGAGUCAAGGUGGGCUCAUGCUGGAUGAACCUUGACAAGACUGUUUGUUUAAGCAAAGAUAGCUCUCUCCAAACAAAGCCGAGAUGACUCGAAUGCUCUGGGUAAGACUCCCCACCGCUUCAUCUGGCCAGAGGGUGGAGAGAAAUCUCUCUCCGGUUGAGGUUUUGGUUCAAGAUAGGGUGAAUAGUUCUGGGUCAACAAGAAAUCUUCAAAACUUGUGAAUAGUGGAUGAUGCAUUUUUUAUUCUGACUUAAAAGCUUUUCAAGUGGAAGUUUUAGUGGAAAUUAUGCAACAAAAGUUUAGUUGUUAUUCACAAAUUAUGAACACUAAUUUUACCCCCCAAAAUUCUGCGGUCCUGUAUAUGUUUCAUAAAGCAUGAGAUCUAUUUCUUGUUCUCUGCCACAGUUGCAAACAGUUAUAUCACCCUUCACUCAAAAAUAGCUGUAACGUCCUUGGCUUUAUUUUACUGAGUGGUUAAAAGAAUUUCACGUGAUUAACUUGUUUACCUGGUACACAUCCUCUUUGUUUCACUUCCAGGGACGAGAAUAGAGUGGACCGAGAGCACGCGAUAGUCUGUGGCAAGAAUAGUCACAGCUUAGCAGUAAGAAGUGCAACAGCCUCUCUGGUCUUGACCCAGUUACCGAAUGGGUGCAUUCAGCAGGUGCAGGAAAGAUUUUCAAAAUUAAUCUUAAAAGGAUAAAACUAGAGCCUGAGCUUGUAAAGUUUACGUGUCAAAUCCUUAACUUGAAGAUGUUGUCUGUUCUCACAUGUAAAAAAUAUGAACAAAAGGAUUAAACUGGCUGGUUUGGUAAGACUUCAUAUAUAAACUCUGAGGAACUAAAGCAGGUUGAAAAAAGUAUAAGUUCAAAGAAAAGAAACUGGUGAGUAUUUAAACAUCUAUUUUACCUCCAGCUUGAAUAGGAGUAUCAGGAAAAUGCAAAGCAGGCCUCCUUGUGUAUAGAACAAACCUUUGCACACAGUCAUCUGUUCAGGUCCAAGUGUUAAUGGGCACAGGCACCCACAGGAGAUAGCACAACAGUUCCAGUAUCAAAUGUAAUGGGGGGAGUUGAUUAAUGUUUAUUACCGAACCCAUUACUGUAUGUUUUCUAUAACUGACUGAGGUGUUCAGUGUAUACAUUUGCCUCUGCCAUCAUUGCCUCCUGUUGCACAGUGCACCGCAGCAUUUUUUCUUUCCAUGGAGACCGGCAAGAAAGUGUUUGUUCCCGUGCUGCUGUCUGGCGUUCCCGUGGCGACCAAUUGGGAUGCGUAGCUUGGUGGCAGCAGUGUGUAAAAAUAGAAAGCAAUCAAGGCAGCAGGGCGUGAAGCAGAUUCAUACGACUCCCAACAGCGUUUUCUCUCCAUUUAUCUCUCCUGCCUCCUUUCUUCCUCCCUCGCUCUCUUUCAUUCUACCUCACACCCACAGGAUUAGAGGUCUGUGCCACGUAUUAGGGAAAAAAGGGUUUUGCUGCUUUUGACAAAAGCCAGAAAUAGCAGCAUCUGGCCCACUCUCCUUGCUGUGCCCCCUUCAGCGUUCCCCUUCCUCCUCCUCCUCCUCCUCCUCCCCCUGCAGUACUCCUACGUCAUAGCCCCACUCUAUCAUGUAUAGCUGUAUGUUGUAAACACUGCAAAAAGACCAAUUUAAUUAUUGAUCGUCACUAAAUAAUUGAAGCAGGUUGGCUAUUGUGUAACAGUUUACAUAACUUCAAUGCAGCUUUGCGCUCUGGCUUCUAGUCAAAAGACCUGCUUAUCUAUUUUGCUUGUUUACUUAAGUGUGUAUUGCUGUGCGAAUCUAUGUCUGAAGGGUUCAUGGGAAAACUACAUUAGACCUCUUGACCCACUUAGUCACCAUCAGUGCAGCAGGAGGGCAGCAUGACGAGACAAAAUCAUUUAUCUGUUUUUAAGUAGUAAUCUCUUAGUCUAAUUUCCUAUUUUGUUUUUGGACCACAAUCACAUUUUUAGACUAGUUUACCAGUUGUGACAUCCAUCUGUUAUAUCAGAAGUUGGCGGCACUGCUCUUGUAAUUACCGUCAAAGACUCAAAGGUCAUGUCCUCAAUUUUUUUUUCAAUGUCGUGUCUUUCAUUCUGAAGGGAUCACUCAUUAGGCAAGACUCAUUAAUCUGGAAUCUUUAAUUCUUAAUUCUUAACCCUAAUCCGUAGGUUUUAUGAAGGAUUCUCAGCCUGAAAUACAUUUUUAGUUUUGACAUUUUCUAACCAUGUCAAAGGAAAAUAAAGAACAUAAUAAAACUUUGGCUUGCACAUCACAUUAACUCUGCCAAGUCUCUUGAACUCAGUAUUUCUUAGGUCAUGCUUAUGCCGGGUCACACUGAGCACUGCAAAAAUGUUAAGGCAAAAUGAGACGGUUUCAACCUCAUUUGCUUCAACCUUUAAAGUCAACACCUUCAAACUUGGCUUUGUUUCGGUACCUCAGGGAUGGCUAUAAUCAGCUGUGUGUAACAGAGUUAGUGUGGAUUAGGGUGUUCCUGGAAAAGAGCAGCCGUGCUCAGUAAAUCUACCUGAGCGAGAUAAAGGUUUAAAAAUGAUUAAAUAAUCUACCGGGAAACAAAAUGCCAAUUGUUACUAAUACUCCUAAAUCCAUAAAUACAACCAGUUGAAAGGUUUAGAGGCAAUAUGUCUAUUGUGAAAAUCUUAGUUCCUUCAACUCUGAUGUGUUGGGUUUCUCUGUCUGGAUCAGUUCAGGGCCAAGCUGUGUGUGUAAGUGUAUGUGUGACCGUGGCGUGUGUCCAGUGUAUGUAUCAGGGUAUCUCUGUUUUGCAUUAGGAGUAGGGGGCGUAGGGAGAGCCAGAAACAUCUGCCAUGUUUUUGUGUUAGUUUAACUGUUGCUACUGUAUCAGACUGUGGUCACCAGGGCGGCAGGUAGCGGACUAUUUCACUUAGAGCCUGUGUGUUGCUCAACCUAAUUUAAGCCAGAUGAGGUGGAAAUGGGCCCAAUCCUUAGUCAUUUCGUUUAUCUGGACGCUGCUCUGAAUUUCACUGAAAAUGAAAUUGUUGCAUGGUGUGGCAAUGUUGUUAUUUUUUCACUGAUUAUAGUUUCUUUAUUACUCUUCUUAUUUUCCUCUUAUUUUAUGAUAUUCAUAUUCUCCAUGGUUUGUUCAUUACAUUUUGCCGCAUUAAAGCACACUGUUUAUCUCUAUAACAACAGUAAAAUACACUCACAUGAUCCUGGAGCCAGACUCCUUUUGAUAUGGCUUCUUUGUGGCCCAAAUACUGUCGCUCCAGAUUAACAGAACGCAAUCUUCUGUCUCUUUUUUUUUUUUUUAGCUUCUGAGCCAAACCUGAAGGUACGAUCCAGGCUGAAGCAGAAAGUAGCAGAGCGGAGAAGCAGCCCAAUGCUAAAGAGAAGAGAUGGAAACAUAAUGACUCCGUACAAGAAGAGGGCUCUAGAGCUAAUGGGUAUGCAUCAUUACUUUAUAUUGUAUUUCUUGUGUUUUUGUAGUUUGAACAUGUGCAGUAAAUUCUUGACAUCUUUGUAUCUGGUGUUCCAGAUGUUCUCGAAAAACAGAGGCCCAUACCUUUUUGUGUCAUUAAUUCAGAGCUGCAUGAUUAUCAGCCAUUUUGCAAUAUAGUAGCAUAUUAUGGUUAUUGGACUUUCAUGUGAGAACGUCCAUUGUAAUCACACGGCCGUGACCGUACACAUUAAAGUGUUGUGAGGCUGCAGCUGUUUGCCUUGCCUCUGUGCGUGUGUGUGUGUGUGUUGUGUGUUGAGCGUGAGCAUGCAUACUGCGUCUUAACUCCUUGAUGUUUUUCCUAGACUCGACGCCCACAAACAGUGCCCCUGGCUCUGGCCCCAGCUCUCCCAUAGGGGCCUCCAGUGCCUUGGGGGCUGAAAAUGGACCCUCCUCUCUUCCUACUACCACAAAAACUGAGGUAUGUUUAUAAAUAAUCAGCACUGCUAUUGAUUUGCCCAAAAAGGGAAAGGAAAGUCUGACUGCAGUUGUUAUUUCUCAUAUAAUUUGUGUAGGUAUUUCGAGUAUACUUUCAUGUUAAGGCACUUAAUGCCUGUCUGUCCUCCUGCUCACAGCUAUAAAAACAGCCAGUUGUCUUCCGUCUGUUUCGCUCAAGUGGAAAUGACUCCCAAACUGACAUUAAAGAGGCACAGCUUGACCCACAUCUCUGAUUACCACAAGUUUAUCCAUGUAAAGACACAUUAGGCAGGAAAAUAAAUAGACUUGCACCACUGUAGCUCACUUUGUAGCAUACAAAAGAUGCAUGCUGAGUCCUUGUAGCAGUAGCCCAAGUUUGAUUCCACGCCAAGGCUCUUUGUUGCAUGUCUCCCUCUCAUGCUUGCAGUUUUCCAUCAACUUUAGAAAUAUUAAAAAAAGAGACAAAAUGGUUAAAGAAAAUCUUUAAAAAAGUGAGCGAAAAGAGCGUUAAAUUAUAAACACAAAGAUAACAAAUUGAGAGUCAAAGUUAAAGUGCUCAGAUUUUCUGUCAGACAUUUUCUUCCAGAUGUGUCGUACAACUAGUUUUAUCCCCCCCUCCUCCAAAAAAACAUCUUUAGUUUGGCUGAAAGGUUGCUGUUGGCUUGUCAUUGUAUUUCUGUCGUUGGCUUGGCGGCAUGCCUGUUCUGAAAUGUUCUGAGGCGUUUCCAAAUGGAUUCAUGGCUGAGUUACUGACCUGAGCUCCCCUUGGACCCAGCACACAAAGCAGACCAUUAUGGAGGGUGGCAGAUAUGACACAUCUCUGAACAAUCCUCACAGAACAGCUGUGUUUUCCUUCACUGUGGCUGUUUACUCUCCCUGGGACCUCCAGUGACACAGAGAGGGGAGAGAAACCCUGACAGUGGGCUGAAAGUUUGGGGCUCAGUUUAAUUGAUAUCCCAGGCGUUGGUAGCCAAAGACAUCCACAUGCUAACAACAUAAACACACAGGAUUGCUAUUGUAUUGAGGCAAGCUGAGGCUCUCAUAAUAGUCAUCAGUGGACUGCAGGCUGCCUGUAGACCUCAUGCCUGUUGCAAAAGCAAGGCAUGUUUGUGUACCGUUACAUUAGGUAUCCUUUUUCAGAGGGAACGGGUCCCUCGGGUCAAAUAUGGGCCGGAUAUCCACAUACAGGUCACUGAGUACUGGUAGGGGUUGGAAGGAUAAACAUGGCUGUUCCAAAACCACAUGCUGGUCCGCUGCUCUGCUGGGUAUAGGAAGUAUGCCCCAGUGCUGAUGUUCUCUGAGAGAGUGGCCCGAGGGUGGGGACCGGGGUGGAAGAACAGGCAGCGGGCCGGUUAGUGUCUGAAGAACUAAGGGUGGAGUGAAAGAUUUAUAUGUCUGAAAUGUUUUAUAAUAGCAUAUCCUCCUCACUGGUGCCAUUCUGUAAACCUCCAGGAAACUUUUGCUGCAUCACGCCUUUCAUAACGUCGAACAUAAAAACUCCUACCUUUCUGUUUGCGGGGAGGAGGGCUGUUAUGGUGCACUGACGUUUAUGCCACUGUUCCUGUUGCCUUUUCAAAUUGUCCACUGUGGGGAUUCUAAAUCUGUCACUUCCUCCUAAAUCUCUCUGUCUUUGCUGUGUCCUGUGUUUUUGAUGUAGAGAUGGCCUUCACAGCCGAGAUUAUUCCGACCCGAGGGCUCCGUAUCCAUGCUUAGCUUAUACACGUCUCCAUCUUUACCUAACAUCUCCUUGGGGCUUUCAACUGCAUCCUCACCCAUUAGUGUAAGUACAUUUUCUCUCCCAAUUUUCAAGAUGUUUUUUUAAUAAAAUCUGUUUGUUAGCUCAAAUGUUAUUUUGGUUGAUUCAGCAGUCAGUCCAGUGGUUUAGCAUUAGCAAGUUUCCUCACUGAUUUAAGAGUAAAAACCUGCUAUCAGUGGUUGUCUAGGAUCUCUGCAGGACCACAGGUCACUGACCUGCGGCCUCAAAUGGUUUUAUCACUCUUAGAUAAAUAUUGUUCUGCAGUGUCUUGUGUCAGGCAAGUUCUUAUCUUUCUCUAUUACCUCAUUUAUCACAACUUUUAAAAAAGGCCAAGUCCACUCAAGUGCAACUUCUGAUAACAGGACAUGAUAGAUUAGGUUUCAGCUCUCUGGCGCAUUCCUCCAAGACCUGUUCAUCAGCUGCACCAACUUCAGACCACUGAUUUCUGAAUUCCAAACCCCAUUGCAUUAAGCAGAGGAUCUUUUAAUUUAAAUGCCGUUGUAUUUUCUCCUAACAAAUUAUCACCAACUUUAGUGCAAUCAGGCACCAUGUGACUUAAAGAGUAAAUGUUCAUGUUCAUCAUCUUUUCCUCUGCUUUUCAGGCUGCCAUUGGGUUGAAGGACAGAUCCACAGAAAUCAAACAUGGGCUGCCUGGGCACCUGCUGGGCCCCGUGCCCCUUCAGACAGGCCUUGAGUCCAAAGUGAGUCCCAGUCACCAGGCACUCCUCCAACACCUCCUCCAGAAAGAGCAGAUGAGGCAGCAGAAGAUCCUCUCCUCAGGUAAGACCUCUCUAUAAGGUGUUUAAUGACUAAAGUUGUCAAAAACAUGGCACAGGAGACUAAAAGCUGGCUCUGCAAUUCUUUCUUUUCUUUUUUCUUAAGGCCAAAGCUCCAUGUCCUCCCACCCUCAGUCCCCGCUGGCUAUGAAAGAUCGCCCCUCAAGCAGUCGCCCUAAACUACCAAAACACCGGCCCUUGAACAGGACACAGUCCGCCCCACUGCCUCAGAACACACUGGCCCAACUCGUCAUCCAGCAGCAACACCAGCACUUCUUAGAGAAACAGAAACAGUACCAGCAGCAGGUCCAUAUAAAUAAGGUAUUGUGUUUUUUAGUAAUACUCAAAUCACAGGAGAGGAAUUUGACUUUUAGAUUCUGUUUCCCGACCUCCUCUAUUCCUCUUAGGUCUUGUGAGGACUUAUUUUACUGCAGGGAGUCUGAUUUAAUCAUUUUAAGCACACAAAUGCUGGUCUAUUUUUAGCCUUUUUAAGAGCAUCUGCAGUAGCUCAGGUUUAAAGACCCGAGCUAUUGUCUGUUCUUCCCAGGAAUCCUGAUGUUAUUUCUGCAGAGCAAAGGACUUCUGCCUGACUUCAAAUAGGGAAGAAAUGCUUCCCCUGCACUAAUUCUGUUAUCAUAGCUUAAGGCAUCUGCUCACAUGCAAACUCUGUGGAAUUCAAUUCAGCCAGGUUUAAAUGAAGGAAAAAGAGCCGAGAAUACAUUUUGUUCCUCUGUGGCAAUAUUUAUGUUUCUGUUAGUUGGCCGAGGUGACCUCUCCAUACACAGAGUGUAAUUAUUUUGCUGAGGGACGUGUGUGAGGUGGCAGACACUGUGAAAGGCAGCAUUGUGUGAGCUCACAUACUGAUGUGUCCCAACGCUGGGCUCUGACAGAGCCAUGGGAACCAUCGAGCAGCUCAUACCUAGAAGUAAUAAAAAGCACAAAGCACCACUAGCACUUAUUGGGUCGUACAGUGUGGAUAUCCAGCUGUAACCAAAAGUUUAGUGCUAAUUCCUCUGUUACGUUAAAAACGACUCAAAAGAAUCACUGCAAGGCAGCUAAGAUUAGUUUUGGUAUCAGAUUUAAUUACUGAAAAGGACUCUAUGGAGCUGAUAUGAUUGACUUGAUUUGAAAAGAGCUCUGAAAUAAUUGCAACAUCUUGUCCAGAAACAUGUGAACAGGCCGAACUCUAAUCACUGGGGCCAAUGAGAUGGCGAGUAAAGCCUCUUUAAGUGGAGGUUAUAAAUGGCCUCUAAUCGGGGAUGAGCCCUCAGUGUUUAUUGAGAGGGAUCUCCGAAACAUUGCCCUAAUUAAUUUCCUAGCAGAGGCUUGUCUGCGGUUGUUUUUAAAUGUCCUUCAGUGCCUGUGACAGCAGGGGGAGCUCAUGGAAAUUUACAAGAGCUUAGGGAAUUUAGGAUCAGGUAUGAACAGAGUUUACUAAUACCAAGCUAAGGAGGCUAACUCUAACAGUCGGAGGGAUAUUUAUAUAAGACCUAAAUUCUGUAGACCUUGAUGUGGUUGGUUACGUGUUUGGACCCAAGCUGGCCAGUCCGACUCACGUUGCCCUCUUGUGGCAGAGUGAUUAAAUCCUGGCACCACUGCGGUCCAUUUGAUGUAGAAAGCUGCACAACUGAGUUUUUGUGUCAGGCUGAAAUUUUAAUUCACCUGGUGCUGUUUCUAUAAGGAAAAUAAAUCUGAUUUGCACUAUUCUUUAAACUUAAAAAAAUAUAUAUAUAAAUAUUUUUUUUUUGGACUGACUCUAAUCUACUUUAUUUAAUUUUGUCAACUCAUGUAAAAGGGAGGAACAAUGGCUAAUCUGCCACUAAUCCUAAACCCUCUAAAACUCUAGUUUUGCAAAGCCUUUGGGUGGAAACUCAGUAAGUUUAUUAUUCCCCUUUGUCACGUUUCUAAGGUUUAUGCCAUGGUUGGUAGCAGAUUUUAGUACAAUAAUAGCAUUUAGUGUGCUUACUCAAGAAAACUCAACCCAAAAGCCAUUUAAGUCUGUUUAGAAGCAAACUGUAUUUUAUGAAAAGGAAAAUCCAGACUAGAAUUGUCAAUAUAAACAUGAUUGGUAACUGUAUGUUUUGUGCUUUGACACUUUGGUCCAUCAGUAGUUGAGUGAAUAUGGGUUAACUAGAUGUAAUGUUGUUGAUUUUGGUUAUUGAUAUAGUUACAGAUGCUGUCAAAGCUUAGCUAGACUUUUUGUUCCUAAAACAUCAUGCGAAUCCUUCUUGUUUGAUGAAUUACUAAUCUCUUUGUUUAUGUUUCAGAAAACUUGUUCUUGGUUUUCCCUUUGCUUCAUUUUGAUAUAACUUGAUUGUUCUAGACCAUUAACUCUGGGUUAUCAUCAUUAAUGUGGAUCCUUUGCCUUUUACAGCUGUUGUCCAAGUCCAUUGAGCAGUUACGUCAGCCCAAUGCACACCUGCAGGAGUCAGAGGAGGAGCAGGAGGAGCAGCAGUAUGACAAAGAGCACACAGAGAGCAUGCAGGAGGACAGACUGCCCCCUGGAGGAGUCAUCCGGAAGCACACGCUGAGCAGCAGCAGCAGCAGCUCCAGCGCAGAGCUGCCAGACGCUCACUGCGGGGUCAUUAAGGUCAAGGAGGAGCCAGUUGAUAGCGAGGAUGAGGCCCUGACCAACCAAAGCUUAGUGUCAGAGCAGAGCACCUAUCUGCACCAGGUCAAAGGAAGACUAGUGAUAAGAGCCAUGAUAUGAAAGAGGAGGAUGAGAUCACACACUGCCAACAUUCACAAAUGAACAGGUCUAUAUAAACAUCUGCGUCCCUGCAGUUUACACACAGGCACACACAGACACACACACACAGUAGGCCAGCUCUCUGUGUCACAAGCCGUUUUUACUAUGACUCUCUGUUUGUGAUGUUUGUGUGGUGAUCUCUGUAAAAUAUGUACGUUUCACUCUGUGUAUAUACUAUGAAGACAAUUUAGACCGUUCGUUAGAGCUGCUUUGGUCGUCUCUGGGCUGCUCAACUGACAGAAAGUCCUUUGUACAUAAACUGUCCAUGAAGCAUCGAAAAAGAUUUUUAGAGGGGUUGGUUUAAACAGGUGUACAGCUUUGAAGAGCCAAAUUAAUUUCCUAUCGUGUACAUUUUUGCCAUAAAAUGUUCAAAUGCUCUUCUCCCACUUUAGGAGUCACCACAAAGUCCUCACAGUGCGUUAAAGCAUUGAAAACACUAAAUACACCAUGUAAAAUGGUGUCAAAGCUGGAAUAAUCAACAUCCAUCCUAGUGAGAAUGAAGAUUGAUUCAGCCCUGACAGAGGACGCUGCCUUAGGGCAGGCUUUUUUUGCACCAGGAGUGAUAUUGCCAUUGGAGCAUGGUCUGCUGCUCAUGUUGCGAUUUGAAAGAUAAAGCACUAAACCCCAUCCUCAGUGUGCAGGCUUCUCCCAACACACCCCAAGCCUCACAGUUUCUCUCUCCCCCUCUCUCUUGAAGCAGUCCCAGAGCCAGGGCCCCGUAUUAAGCUGAGCUCUCCUCCCUCUCUCCCUCCGGGUCCAAAUCAAAGCUCGGUGGGUUCCUGCCCGGCUUUCAGCAGAGGAGUCAGACGGAGAGAAAGAGAGAGAGGGCCGGGCAGGAAAUGCCUUCAAGAAGCCAGGACUCGGAGUGAUUCAUGUGUGCAGGAAUGUUGAGAGAGGAGGACCUAGGGUUGGAGGAGUCCAAGGGGCCAGGCUUGAGAAUUGAUUUACUGUCAAGGCGAAUUACAAAGUGAGUGGGGAUAUAGUUAAGGGAGUCCCUUUUAAAGGGAAUCGCUUCCUUCGUUUUCCCUAGUGGCGUGCUUACCUCAACAGGCAGGUUUGAUGUUACUUCAAUAAAAAACCCUGGAUGGGACCUCGCUCCUUCGUUCUUUUUUCAAGCCUGUUUUCCCUUGAAAGUGCCCAUUGCGACAUGUAUAGUCUGUCUUAAAGUGAUCAAUCAAAUGUAUUGCAUAGCCGUAAACCUUCCUGUUUUAUUUGUACCAUCGACUAAAUGUAUAAAAAAAAAAAAUCUAGUAUCAGGUUCUGUGUUUGGAUUCAUGUGAAAAUCAAAACAGUCUGUCUUAUAAUGUACAUUCGGAUUGUCCGGCUUCAAUGUUUCUAGUGUAAGUAAACACAAUCAGAACAAUGUGAGUCUUGUUGUCUUGCUCCUUUGAUUCGGUUGUAAUGAGAACCCCUUUGCUGGUAGUGAGGGGACAGAGGGGGGUACGGGGUCCUGUGGUCUGUUCAUAGCAGUUUGCAUUUCUUCUCUUUUUUGCCUUGUGUGAAAACUUUUUCUUUUUUUUAAAUAAAGUUCAUUUACCUCUGAUA